ACUGCACUACGGAUACAGCUACAACUACAAGUAGCUCAUGAGCCCAGUGAAAUUUUUGCUGUCACUGCAGCUGCUUCUGCUACACCGACAUACUAUUACUUGUAGUAGUAGUCUAUGCCACUACAUCAGCUGACUGUAGCACUAAAAAAGUAAAAAGCAACACUAGCAGCUAGCUGAGCUGAUGAGGCGGAUAUUUCGUGUUUCUCUUUUCGCGGAUUUGUUGCCACUGCAAGAUGUAGCUAAUAUAAUAGGCGUGUUGCUCUUUCGCCAGCAAGGAUGAGUGCUUCUAGCACGUUCGACAUUUUAUUCAAAUGGCUACUCCCACCAUUUCUAGUUUGUGGCUUCAUCUUCCGGAUAAACGGUAUAUCGCUAGGCUAUCUGCUAUGUCUUCUGGUGGCGGGGCUAUGCAAGUCGAGAGAGUUACCAGGCGGUGGGCAGCGUGCACUGACAGCAGUCGUGUUUGCUCUGUCCACAGUGAGUUUACUCGGGCAGGCGUUGUUUCAGAUCACCAGGACGACGUCUUACGCUGACGACCAGCUGCAGCCAAAUAAUGGCUCAGAGCCUAUCUGGCGGCAAGUGGGCUUCAACCAAAUGUCAGAUUUCAGUGGCGGAGAGAUGGUGCGGUAUGUGCUUCCGGACAUUGGCAUUUGCCUCCUGUCUCUGACGCUGCUUAUCCUGGCUCUGCUCGCCAAUAGAAGAACGGAAGACGAUGCGGAGGAGGACAGCGUGAAGGACGACAGUGCGGGGGAGGACAGCGUGAAGGACGACAAUGCGGAGAAUAUCGCCACGAACGAAACUGACAACGGCGCCUAUGAGUUGCCGCGGCUUCGGACAAGCACUCUCUUCAACCUCGUCUACUGCCUGCUUCUGUUGCUGGCUGGCUGUGCCUUUCCCAGCAUCUUGUCGUUCACGUAUCUGGCUUUGUUCAUCUGUAUUGUGACGCUAUGGGCUUCACACUGCACCAAGAGAGGCUCAGACAUGCUCUCCAUUGUCAAGUAUAUGAUGGUCAUCUACGCUGGAUUGCAGCUGAUACUGCUCUACCUCUAUCUGUUCCAGUUCUUUCAAGAAGGCUUGGAUUCAGGCACGGUAGUUGCGAGGAUUCUAGGUUUGAAUGCAAUUGUGAACACAACCGACUACGAGCAGCCGUGGGAGUUGAAGCUGCAGGACGACGUCAAGUGGAGCGAAUACCUGGCCCCGAUACUCAUCCUGGUCUUGUACUGGUUCUCGGCACGUGGGGUUGUGUACGAGUCGCAGAGAAUACGCCGGCAAGUGCAUGGAGAUUCACCUGGUACACCGACAUCCGCUGAACAGGAGGAAGUCCUUUCAAGGGAUGGCUCCACUCGGGUAUCCACUCGCUCCAGCGGGAAGUUGAUCAACGACAAAGGGCGUAGCUUCAAGCGGACGUCCACUCUGUCUGGUGAGAGUGGCAGCGGUGGUGGUGGCGGUGGUGUGGCCGUUGAUGGCACGUCAUCGUGGCGGCCUCGCAGUAUGCACGACCCCGCCGUCAUGGUGGUGGUGUCGAUGGGAGGAGAGACCAGCGUCGUGGAUCCCACUAGCGGUGCGGCGGAUAGCGUGGAUCCUGAACUGGGCAGCACAACACCCGCCGGUCAGCAGCAGCAGCAGGCACAACCCGAUACACAGCAGAUAGAUGGUGCUGCCGGAAAGGCAAACAAGCAGCGAGAAGAGCAGGAGCCGUUUGACUCCUUACUGGCUUACGGUUACAUUGCUGCACUGAUUGCCAUGAUGGUAUGGAGUAUUGCCUACCUGUCAUGGCUGUCCUUUGCCCUGCUCCUCUUGACGUUCCUCAUCUGGGUGUUGCCAGAGCCUGGCAGGGGUUCGGCGAUCAUGUCGCCAUUCCUGGUGUUCUACUCCGCUAGUCUUGUCAUUAUGGAGUAUGUGUAUGGGCUGAACCUGACGGACAAGGAGCUACCGCAAUAUGAGGACGUCGGCCUAGUGCGGCACCCCUACCCAUUUGGUCACCUGCUGUUAAAGGUCCUAUUCUUCUGUGUCGUUCUCAUACCAAUGUAUUACUUCUUCUCCGAGGACUACAAGAAAAGCGUCAAGCGCAAUAAGGCUAUCCAUGAAACAGCCAAGCAAAAUGUCAAGGACAAAGCAGGCACGGAGAAAAGAUCGCCAAAUGCCGCUACCGGCAAAGAUGCUUUGCGUGAAGACCGUGCUAGUUCUAUUGCCAUGCAAGACUUACGGCAUGCUGAUCAAGGACCUGAUGAAGGACCUGGCAGUUCUGAUGAAACUCCCAUGCGCGACACCGAUGCGAAUACAGAUCAGGGAGAUGGCGCAGGAGAUGCCAGUGAGGAUGCCGAUGGCAACGCAGAAGACAAGACACGCCGGCCGAUUCUCUGGGUCAUCACGGUGAACAUUGUGGCAGUGCUGACCAAGUAUUGGAUUGUAGUGUGCCUUGUGCUCUACCUGAUAGCCAGUCUGCUUCCCAGUGUGUCUGUCUUCAAGAUCAUCUACAUGGCUUUCUUCCUGCUCUUUCUCAUCACCAGCCAGCUGACCGGUGCAUGCUGUGUAGGGUUCCUGCAUGCCUUCUGGUGUCUGGCAGUGAUGUACUCCAUGUUUGUAGUGGCUACACUCUACUCCUAUCAGUUCAGCUAUGUGGCUGAUAACUGGAAUAUCACACUGCCAUCACAGGACUGGAUUGAUGAUCUGGGAUUGGAAUCCUACCGCACCUACUUCAACGACUCGUUUGACGCACCGGACUCCAGUCUGGACAGUGGACAGCUGUUUGUAAACCUCCUCUUGCCCGUCACCGUGCUGCUAUUCGCUGUCAUGUAUCUACGCUUCUUCUACGCACCUUCACCAUCCACCGAGUACCUGCUCUACAAGGCUGAAGCCAGGGAGAAGAAGAAAAUAUACAAGGCUGAAAAUAAAGAGAAGAAGAAGUUGAUCAAAGCGGAGCAGAAGGAAGAAAAGAAACGAAAUCAGGAGCGGUCUGGCAGUGGACGUAGGGCUGGUCGUGGCGGAAGUGCCAGGCGUACUGAUGUUCCUGAUAGUUCCAUAGUAGAGGACGCAUCUCCUGGCUCUGGUGCUACUUCUCCAGUUGAAGAAUUAGACGCUAAAACGAGACAAGAGGGGCAGUCGGCCUCCGCAGCUGCGACUGCUACUUCUCAGGCUAUACUGGCUGGUGAUGACACCGGUCAGCCUAAUGACUCGACCGCUGGCGGUGACACACCGAAGAAGGAGCCUAAUCGCAUUGUUGUGUGGAUCCGUAACCUCGUUUGGCUGAUCGUUCUCAAGCUGUACUCGCUUAUCAGAUGGUUCUUCACUAUGUUGAUACGCUGCCUGGAUGUACACAUGGGCAAAGUCAUACUGCUUGUUAUCCUCGCCGUCAGUCUUGAGGAGGUGUGCUGCGCCAAUCUGUUUGCAGUGAUCUUUGUGUGCAUCACAUUGCUCUACUCGCACAACACAAUGCUGAGCUAUGCAUUGUUUGACUUGUGGGCUGUCAUCAGUAUCCUGGCCAAGAUGGGCUUUCAGCUAAAGAGUGUGCGCAACUAUCGAGCCGACCAGUUCUUCUUCAGAAACUGCACCGGCAACUCUACAGACACAGCUGUGCUGGGCCCAUAUCAGGAUGAUGCUGCUUGGAUUGGACUGCUCCAUAAGGCUGCAUCUGACUUUCCAGGUUAUAUACAGGGUUAUGUGUGGAUUCUUGCACUGGUGGUGUUACGCAUCUGGAUUCAUCGCUACCAGACAACAGUGAGAAAUGACUUCAAGGAGGAUAGGAAUGAGGCUAUCAGUUGCCAUCUUGAGGCCAAAAGAAGGGAAAGAGAACAGGAGGCGCGUGAAGCGCAGGUGGACCCUGAUGCACCGCUCGCCGCCGAAAGCCUGCAUACCAGAUCCACGGUGCCUGAUCACUUAUCAAAGGUCGAGGAGCGAGCGCUACUAGCCCGGCUUGAGGUCUACCCUGCUCCUGUAGCUGGUAGCAUCUUUGCUGAUGUGGAUGCUCACGAUGCUGAUCAGGACUUGCUCUCUGCGAUAUGUUACCUGAUAAACAACUUCUUCGAGUUGUUUGGCCAGGAGAUGGUCAUCAUCGUGUGUGGUAUCGUUGUUGCUGUACGUCUGGACGGUGUAGCAUUGGUGUAUGGAGUGAUGCUUGGCUUCCUAGUCAGUCCGUUGCGCCGUCACGUCACCGGUUUCUUCGCCUUGUUCACCAUACUACUCAUGCUUGUCCAGUAUCUGCUGGUGCUCGGUGUUCCUCCCAGUGUCUGCUAUGUGCAAGAAAACGGCUAUCCGUGGUCCCCUAUGCGCUGGCUGCACGCGGACGACGCUUCAUUCGCACACCACUUCUACUUGACGGAUCCCAACCAUCCGCAGAACAAGUGGCUUCUCCUGGCGGAUUUCUUCCUGCUGCUCUGCCUCAGCACACAGUGGCAUCAUUACCGGGCUAUUGCCCGCCGUGUCAAGCAGUCUGCAGCCACCAACCGAGCCAACAAGAAAUACGCUAACUUUGAUGCUGAACGAUGUGCCACUGUGGAUGGUGAUGGUCAACCGACUCAGACCAGCAAUCCCACUGAGCCUGGUGUACCCGACUUCACAGCUCUCAAUUCCUGGCUGGAUUACACAAAGAAUCUUAUCUUUCAGCACUUUUUCUGGAUAACCCUCGUCAUCGUCUUUUUCGCUGGAGCAGCCAGAAACAGCAUCCUCUGUCUGGGCUACCUCCUGUUUGCCUUCGUCUUCCUAUGGAUGGGCACUGACCAACUGCAUGAUCCUAAGCCCGACCAGCCCAGUGAUGAAGAGAAACGACGAAAGGCGUCACGAAAGGGAGAUAAGCAUAGACAAUCCAGAAAGAGAACUGGGUCACGCACGGAGCUGCCAGCCAGUGGUGGUCAAGCUCAAGUUGAUGGUGCAGACACCAUGCACUCAUCUGAUCAAGCUCAGAACACGACAAAGGACAGUGGAGCAACAGAGACAAAACGAAAGAAGCCGUCCUUCGUUCGGAGGUGGAAAAUUCUGCUGUGGUACACUUAUUUUGUGAUCCUAGUCAAGACAGCUCUUCAGAUAUGGGCAUGUGUGGACUUUGGUGAUGGUGGGCUGAACUGCAUCAAGGAGAACAAAAGUGGACUGUGCAUUUUUGCAAGGCUUCUAUCACUGGUGUGCUUGAAGCCACUGGAGGGUACUCAGACACAGGAUGGUGAUGCUGUUGGCUUGACACUGGACGUUGUCAGCUUGGCGUUCUUGCUCUUUCAGAUCCGUAUCUUCAACAGCCCACACUUUGUGCACGUACAGAACCACUUGAACCUGUUUGCCAAGUUUGCCGACAAUGGUGUUGGCCUCAUGCGGACGCUGUUAGCACAGAGGCUCAACGCUCAGAAGAGAUACGAGAGCGAAAUGGAAACGGACAUCAAAAAGCAUGUCAAGUAUCUGGAGGAUCACCCUGAUGAAUUUCAAAUUCUUUAUGAAGGCACAUUCAUACCGGAUCAUUGGCAGCAGCCCAGCCGGGUCAAGUCUGAAAGUCCCGAGAAGACCGCCGAGUCGUCGAGCCGAGGCAUUGCAUCGUCGACCACACACCAGCUUGGCAAGCUACGCAGUGGCGGUGGUGUAGCACCAGCUCUAUCCUUUGCUGCACCAGUGGGUGGCAGUGAGAUUGAUGGUGGUGGUGAAGAGGAAAUGAUCAUGUAUCCCGCUGUUCUCGGUACAGAAGAGACAGAUGAGACAGAUGGUGAACAUGCUGACGAUGUUGAUGAGGAGCAGGAGGAUGACGAUGAGCCCAUGAGCGAGGAUGCCUUUGAUAGCUAUGUGCAGCGCAUGAGUGUGCCGCGCAAGAUCAAAAAAGCCGUCGAUGAAUUCUUUGAUGCAACAAUCAUUCGCUGGCUGGACGAGGUAUCCUUUGACUACCUGUAUGUGGAAACUCGCCUGCGCCGCUUGAUGCACAAAGAGAAGAUCAAACAACAGAAAGCCCAAGGUGUGGAGCCUGGCGACUUGAACAUUGAUACCAGUCUCCAGCCACGCGGCACGUCCAUGAAAGUGUUUGGUGACACGACAGAGGAUAGUGAAGACACCACUGCACACUCUAGAAGAAACCCUAGCAGACGUGAUGUGGAUAGAACUGAUGGUGAUGCUGAGAAUGCAGACGAUACCGAUGGCGUACCUUCUCCCAAGAAUGCCGUCGGGAAUUUCUUCCGUCAAACGUCCACCAUUCAGAAAAUGACGAAGAAACUGGCAGUGUCCGAUGCGUCGCACAUUCCUAUUGCCGAGAGCGACCCUAUUGUGAGGCUUCUUCGCUUUGGCAGAACGGUUGAGAAAGAUGAGGAAGCGGAGGCGACCGAGAAGUUUCUGCGCUCUGAACUGGCCGACGUUGUGUAUGUGCCGAUUCGCUUUGGCUGGGCUCUGUACUAUGCCAUGCUGGCGCGUACGGACGUGUUCUGUUACUUUGUGAUGAUUCUCGAUCACGUCAUCAGUGCGUCUGUGCUGACUCUUCCACUACCGUUCUUCGUCUUCCUCUGGGGAACCAUGUCCAAGCCACGUCCGUCCACCACAUUCUGGAGCACCGGCAUAAUCUACAUACAGGCUGUGAUUGUCAUCAAGUACAUCUUCCAGUCCGAGACUCUCGCCGACCUCUUUGACAAUGACAGCGGCCGUCCUCUGUGGGCCCCUCGCAUCUUCGGCGUGGGCCAUCACAGUGAUUUCUCGCGCAGUGUUGCUGCUGAUCUUGUUGUUCUCCUCUCACUGUGUUUUCACCGGGCUAUUCUCAGGUUCCACGGUUUCUGGGGAGAUGCAGCUGACAGUGAUGCAGAGGUGCCUAUCAUACCCACUAAGAAUGCUGCGGAGACCAACAAGAAGAUGAGCUCUGGUGAUAAUACCAGCAGCCAGAAUGCCAGUGCUCCACAACAACCCAAAGGAGCUGGCUCAACAGGUCGAACAACUGUCGCAUCAGCGCUGGAAAUGGAGUCGGUUCCAGAGGCUAGUGUGGCGAUGGCAGGCGCCAGCUCCUCACCACAGAAGCAAGGUCGUGCGGACAGCGUCAAUUCUCCCAGGCUCACUCACAGCUUGGCUGCUUCUAGCGACACAAGCAAAUCCGGCCAAGACGGUAAAGCCAGCAAGGCUGGAACACUUGCAAGCAGUGGCAAGAAGAAAAAGAAGAAGAGGAAUGUACUUUGGCGUGUGUUUGUGGAUCCGCUGUAUAAGUUCUACGAGAAGGCUCUGGAUGAAGAUCAAGGCGGUGGUCGCAAGGAUUACUACACCGUCAUGUUCUCCUUCGAUCUCAUCACGUUUCUCAUCACUGUGUUCGGCUGGUCGUCAUUCUCCGAGAAGUCUACAUCUGCAUCAGCUGACGUCACUACCUACAUCUCACAGAACUACAUACCACGUACAUUCCUGGCCAUGGUCCUCGUGCAGUUCCUACUCAUGAUUGUAGACCGCAUCCUGUAUCUUCGCAAGCUGAUCUUCGUCAAGUUUGUCUUUCAGAUCACACUGCUGAUCGCUGUGCAUGCCUGGCUCUUCUUCAUCUUACCGGCUAUCUCAGAACGGUCGUUCAAUGACAACCCCGUAGCACAGCUGUGGUACUUCAGCAAGUGUAUGUACUUUGCAGUGGCAGCCAUGCAGCUAGCUGCUGGCUACCCGACGCGUAUCCUUGGACAGUUCCUGACCAAGGGGGCCAACAUCAUCUCCGCCGUCCUCUUCCUCAUUGUUCAAGCCAUACCGUUUCUUCUGGAGUUCCGUGAGCUACUGGACUGGGCAUGUACACCCACCGUCCUGUCAAUCAUGUACUGGUUCAAAGUGCAGGAUAUCUGGUCCAGUAUAUUUGUUAUCAAGAGCUUUCGCACGUAUGAAAAGUCUGCGCCGAGAAAGAUCGGUACCACUGUCAGUCUGGUGGUGAAAGCUCUGGUCGGUGGUCUUGGCGUGGUGGCACUCAUCCUGGUGCUGUGGUUCCCGCUAGUGCUCAUGUCUCUCAUCAACUCUACAAGCUUGAGCAACCCACCCAAGUCUGUGUCCGUACAGCUGCAGAUUGGUGGAUUUCAGCCUCUGUUCCACUUCACAGCCGAUCAGCAGUUCUUAACACAGAUUACAGAAAGUGAUAUGAAAAACCUGCGUAAUAAAUAUCAGGAUCCGGAAAGCCAGGCAUUCCUGACCAAGUAUGUAGCAUCGGACGUGACCCGGGUCAGUAUCCCUGGCCAGUCCAGCGCGCUGUGGAGUAUCAGCCCUCCGUCACGUCGUCUCAUGGAGCAGAACCUGAACAAUCCCAACCACUCCAUAGACAUAGCCUUCUUGUGGACCAUUGUCAGAGAAACCCAAACUGGUCUGGCAGCGGAAACUGUGUCGCAGAUCAACUCCACGUCACUGCCACAUUCCACUAACGAGACGACUAUACGAACGGCGCUGUAUCAGAUACUGAGUCGCAAUACCACAAGAAAUAGCACGAUGAUCCAAAGUCUCUAUCCAUCAUUCAUUCUGGCACCAGCUAACGGACCUGCCAACCCCGUCCUCGUCCUAAACAAUGCAUUCGUGAACGUGAGUCUUCAGUGGCAGGAAGGCGGUCAGUACGGUGGUGAAUGGUGGGAGCUGGUUCAGACAUCGCCACAUAUUCUGGAUAGCAGCGACAGUGCUACACUGGAGUUGUUCAUUAUCAGCGAUCGCGUGGCCGCUCCAGAGUUCUCUUUCCUGGCUGGAUAUGGCGUGAUAGGUCUCUACGUUUCGUUGGUUCUGGUGGUGGGCCAGUUCCUGCGCUUGAUCUUCAAGAACAUCUCGCAUCGCAUCAUCUACGAGAACAUCCCCAACCCAGAUCCGUUGCAUCAGCUAUGCCAUAACAUCUUCAUGGCGCGUGAGAUGGCACAGGUCACAGGUAAAUACUACCUGGAGGAGAGGCUCGCUGGACAACUCUUCUUGCUGUACAGAUCGCCGGAGCGUCUUGUCGAGGAGACCAGGCCGCCACUGCAGAGGACUUACACAGCCAGGGACCAGGAUGGGCGGCUACAACAACCCGACGAUAGGACAGAACCAGCCGCUGGACACCGGCAAAGCCCGCCAGCAGGAAUAGUAGCAGAACGGCAGACUAGGCCACGAACUCGGACAGUAGAUGCAGCGGUGCAAUGACAAUUGUAGCUUGCUGGACAAGCUAGCUUCUAGUACCAUGCAAUGUGACUUUAUAUUCCAAACUGGCUUGACAAGCUAGCCUCUAGCUCCAUGCUUGACUUUUCAUUCAAUUUUUUAUUCGAAGCUGGUGCUGCUGAGAUGGCAUAUGCUUAUGUGUCAUAAUAUUCCAUCAUGCCUCAUAUCAUAUUCAUGAAAUUUCAUCACACAACACA